CAGACGACGUGACGUCCACCUAGAUAGUUAAUUGAAUUCUCCUAAAUUGUCCUCUUUUGAAGAAGUGCUUCGGUAUGAUUUCCAGCCAAAAUGGAGACAAUGUGAACUUGAUGGGUGAGGUCUCCGAUUUGGAAAGCAAUCACUAUCCACAGUCCAGUAGUCCAGGCAACCAUUCCAAACGUAGAGGUACUGGUACCCAACAAGGAAUGAUGGAAUAUAACCAUCACAUUCAAAUGUCAAAUGUGGAUGAUAUCAGCAAACAACUUGAUGAUAUGAAGGAAAAUCUCAUCAAAACCAGUGUCCGAUGUCAUAUGCUGGAGGUAGACCUAGCCACUCAAUUCAGUCCUUACAUGGUGGAUACACUGCGCAGUGUAAAGCAGGAGUGCGAGAAGUGCACACAAAAGAUGAAACAAGAUGAAAGAUGCCAAGCAAAAGAAAGUAAAUCUGAUGCUGAAACUGUCCCCAACAAUGAAUUCUAAAUCAAAAUUCAGUGCAACUUGGUAUUGCAUUUGAUGACCUCUUUAUUAAAGUCCAGACAUGUGUUACAAUAUUUACAGCAGUAUAUAUACAUUAAGAUGUUAUAUUUACAGAUCGUUGUCAGAAAUGUACAUAUAUGCAUAAUAUGUUAUGUACAAAUAAAUACCAUUCAAAAUACACUCUGGUCCAUAAAAGCUUUUCUGACAUAAGGAAUUCUGUUAUGUCACCUUUAACAUAAAUUUAUACUACAUUAAAAUGAGCAAACAACGCAUUGUGAAUUUGAUAAUUUCA